CAUGGCUGUUGAGAGUGCAGAUGAAUUUUAUUGCAUAAUGGGUGUUCUCACGCGUGAGAUUUUAGAGUUUGGUCUCAUGGAUGCAGAUAUGUUUGUUAAGACUAUGUGUACUCUUGCCCCGUUCCCUUUCCCUCAACUGCAGGACCUCAGAGACAGUUAUACUUAUAACAUUCAACCGUUCACAUCAUCACUCUCAUCUGAUGCUGAACUGCAAAUAUUUUCUGGAGAAGGUGAUGAAGAUGAUGAGGAUUUGAAUACCACGAAAUGGUAUUUUUCUAACGAGCUUCAGUGGUACAAGAAAAAGG